AUGAAUCCAUCGUCGUCACCACCUCAUCCGCAGCAGCUGCAAGAGCAAGAUCAUGAUCAAGAUAGAUGCCCGACAAAGAAGUCCGUCUGGGCGGCGGCGGUGGCGCGCGCGGUGGCCGGCGAGGCGCGGGCGCAGCGCGGCAUCGCACUGCCGCUGAUCGCCAUGAACCUGACCUGGUUCGCCAAGCAGGCCGUGACCACCGCCUUCCUCGGCCGGCUAGGCGACCUGGAGCUGGCCGCCGGCACGCUCGGCUUCAGCUUCGCCAACGCCACAGGGUUCGCCGUGCUCACGGGCCUCUGCGGCGCCAUGGACCCCAUCUGCGGCCAGGCGCACGGCGCCGGGAACGUGGCGCUGCUCCGCAAGACGCUGCUCAUGGCCGUCGCCAUGCUCCUCGCUGCCUCCGUCCCGAUCGCGCUCCUCUGGCUCCACGUUGACGCCGUGCUUCUACGCGUCUUCGGCCAGCAGCUGGAUAUUGCGGUGGUGGCACGGAGGUACGUGGUGUGCCUCCUUCCGGACCUCGCCGUCGCCUCCGUCCUCGGCCCGCUCAAGGCGUACUUGAGCUCGCAGGAGGUGACGCUCCCCACGCUCUUCGCCUCCGCCGUGGGGCUAGCCGCCCACAUACCGCUCACCGUGUGGCUGUCAAGAACCAGGGGCGUCGAGGGCGCCGCCGCCGCCGUCUGGCUCAGCGACCUCGCCACCGCCGCCGUGCUCGCGGCCUACGUCCUCUUCCUCGCGAAGAAGCACGAUGGCAAGGCGGAGGCUCCACCGUGCGGGCGGUGGUGGUGGCCAGAGAAGACAUCGGCGACGGAGUGGAUGCGGCUGAUCCGUCUGGCCGUGCCGUGCUGCCUGAACACGUGCCUCGAGUGGUGGUGCUACGAGAUCCUGGUCCUCCUGACCGGCCGCCUGCCCGACGCCCGGCGCGCGGUGGCGGUGAUCGCGGUCACGCUCAACUUCGACUACCUCCUCUUCGCCGCCAUGCUCUCCCUCUCCGUCAGCGCCUCCGUGCGCGUCUCCAACUCCCUCGGCUCCGGCGACGCCUCGGCCGCACGCCGCGCAGCCGUGGUCUCCAUUGCCUUCUCCGUCCUCGCGGGCGCCGUCGGAGGCGCGCUGAUGCUGGCCUCGCGGCGGCAGUGGGCGCGGCUGUACACGCGCGGCGCGGAGGUGCGGGAUGGCGUGGCGAAGGCGAUGAAGGUGAUGGCGGCGCUCGAGGUGGUGAACUUCCCGCUGAACGUGUGCGGCGGCAUCAUGCGGGGCACGGCGAGGCCGGCCGUGGGCAUGUACGCGGUGCUCGGCGGGUUUUACCUGGUGGCGUUGCCUGUGGGCGUGGUGCUGGGGUUCAGGGCCCGGCGAGGGGUCGAGGGGCUAUUAGCCGGAUUCAUCGUCGGCGCGGCGGCGAGUUUGGCGGUGCUGGUCGUGGUGAUCGCGCGCAUGGACUGGAAGGCCGAGGCGGACAAGGCGCGUGUGCGAGUCGCCGUUGUUACCGUCCAAGAUGACCUCGGCUCGGGCAAGGAGAAGGCCGCGUCAUCCGGGAAUGCCGGCGACGUUUGAUCAUAACUUCAUCAGUAGCUGCAUACUCGACUGAAUUUCGUACAGUAUAAAAGAUGAAACUUCGGAAAUUUUGUUGUGAAUCGGCAAAUAAUUUGUGUCUGAAGAAGCUGAUCAGUAAUUAAUUUCUCCGUGUCUGGCAAUUAACUCAAGUGGUUUACUCACUCGGGUAGCUGUACUAGAGGAAAAAAUAACAUAACCAAAAACUUA